GUUUGCAAACAAACCAAGCCCCGCCCCCCUGCAGCAGACCACUCAUUUGUGUCAUAGUGCGUUUAGUUUACCUGAACCACCGCUUACUGUACAUUAACCUGAACCCUGCGGAUCCAUGGAGUAUCCACCGGAGAGCAUCCACACCCUCAUCCCCAGGGAGGAGGUCAGAAUCGAGAAACCACAGAGAUAUACUUCCAGGUUCAGGACGACGGUUGUGCAGGAAAAGAAGUCGAGCAAAGAUGCUAUGAAGACGAUGGGGCCUGCAAAGGUGGAGAUGCCGUCUCCAGACAAAUACUUACAAAAGAACUCCAGAGACAACAAACUACCUGAAAAGAAAGCGUCUACUAAAGCCGGAGAGCACAGCUACACCCACAGGAAGCCGGACGUCCCGACCAGGUCGGACGUCCCUCUCAUGGGCCUCCACAGCAACAAGGACUUUGUGAAGACCAACGUCGUGGAGACCACCAUGUCCGAGCCCAGGAAGCCCAAGCCCAUCUACGCCGACACCAAACGGGGCCACAGGCAGCUGCUGGAGGACUCGGGCCUGGUGCCCAAGUACAUCCAGAAGAAGGAGCCUGACCUGUCGUCCCCCUCUGGCCCCCAGGACUACGGGGAGACCCCCCAGUACCUCAACCAGCGCAGGGAGGAGGUGCAGCGGGCCCAGCAGGAGUACGACCAGUACGUCAGCGACCGGAUGAAGGAGGGAGCCAUGAAGGUGCUCUCUGCGGAGGAGCGCAGCUCCAUCAUGGUGGGCCUGAAGAAGAACUGGGAGGACCUGAACCGGCAGUACCAGGGGCUGUCCAUGGUCACCGACACCAUCACCAAGAAGCACCGCAAGGAGCGCCUGGAGCACGCCAUGCGGCAGCUGGAGAGCCACAUCAGCAUGCUGGAGCGGUACACCACCAUCUACGUGGCCAACGACUAGCCCCCGUUGGUACUGAUAGGCUUCAAGAACCCUGAUCAUGACGGUGAUGUGUACUAUGUGAUUAAACAUGACAUGGUCAGAGGU